CGCCCAACCAGCGUUCUUCCUUUAUUCCGUGUAAUUUUACUGGUUCGUCGAGGAUCUAGGAGCAGAGCCGUCGAAUUAUUGACCAACCACAGCCCUAUUGAACAUUCUGGCACCAACAUUCGGCCAAUGAUAAAAGGAAAUGGAGACAACAGAACAAGGAGAUGGACAGGUGCUGAGUAUGUCCAGUGAUCAAUUUCUUACUAGCGGCUUAUAUGGGCAAACUUCUGCAGAUGAUAGCUUGCCUGGAGUAGCAGAUGAUGAAGGGCCUUUAGAAGAGAAAGGAGCCUGUUCACCUCUGAGAGAACAGGACAGGUUUCUACCCAUUGCUAAUGUCGCUCGUAUCAUGAAAGAUGGCAUCCCUAAAUCAGGAAAGAUAUCCAAGGAAGCUAAAGAAUGUGUUCAAGAAUGUGUAUCAGAGUUCAUCAGCUUUAUCACAAGCGAAGCCAGUGAAAGGUGUCAUCAGGAGAAGAGAAAGACAAUCAACGGAGAAGACAUCCUGUAUGCCAUGUCAAAUCUGGGAUUUGACAAUUACGUUGACCCACUGAAAUCCUACCUCCAAAAAUACAGAGAGUCAAUGAAAGGAGACAAAGUCAUCCCUCAAGCUAGGCAAGAUGAACUUGGUGAUAUGUCUGCUGAUACAUUUGCAACUGAAUUGAUGUCAGGAGACCAGGCGGGUACACAAGUCUACCAGCAGUAUCCAUCCCAAGUACAGAUACAAUGACCUUUACGUGAUCCUUGAUUGGUGGUGUGCUGCCAAUUUGAUCAUCAUCACAAGUCGGACCAACACCUUGAACGCAGUUAGCUGUCAGAUUCACAUCUCAGACUGUAUCUUUUAUACAAAGAAGUCUAUACCCAGAUAUUGUAUUUUUACCAACAUGGAUUAGCAGGCAUGGGGCUGACGGCAUUUAUCUCUUUGGAGUUGGAUGGGUUAAUAGCUAGAAUAGACAAAUUUUGUUGUGCACUAGGUAGAAAGGCAUGAGGAAAGGGAUGCUUAUGCUUUUGCUAAUUGUACUUGUAUGUCAGGUAAACCUCUGGAAACUCAAUUUUGCCCAGUUUUGGGAAGCUUUGAUCUUGAUGCAAUAUAAUAGAUUUGGAAUUUUCAUUUUUAAUAAGGGCUCUUAGUUUUGGGACAACUCCAUUAACAUCCAUUGUGUGCACGCUUAGUACAGAACACUAUUUGAUUGUAUAUAGUCUAGCUUCAAUUCUUUUGUCUCUUUAUUCAUGUGAGAUAUUGAUGCUAAAUCCGUCAUCACCUCUUUGAUUGAGAAACAAAGACAUGUUGAUACUUUCACAAAGGUUUUUUGUUGUCAUGAACAUCAUUUUAGAUGGAAAGUCCAAAGAAAUUUGUAUAGUAUAUCAUAUAUGAGGCAAUGCACUUUGAGGUGGAAUCAUGCUCAAGUUGAAAGUCAUUUUUUAAUUCUUUGAAUCAGUUAUGAUUUAUGAUCUAUUCGACAUUUUUAGCAUGAACAAAAAAAUGUCUUACUUUACAAAUUGUUCAACUAAUUCUAGUUCACUCAUGAGUCUCAGGUUAAUUCCAAUUUUUAUUUUUUUCAUGACUUACUGGUAUCACAAACUGAGUUUUUCUUCAACAUUAAUGUCUUUGGAGAGUUUUGAUAAGAUGUAUACAAUGGCAAUGUUCGAAAUGGGUUUACACUAUGGAUUAAUUUCACACAGAAUAUCAUUCUGAAACAUAAGGCAAAUUGCUAAACUGAAAUGUUACAUCAUGUUUUAUUUGGAAAAAUUGAGAAUGGUGCAUGUUCAUUGUAGAAAGAAAUAAAAGACUAGAGCAGUAACCAGCA